AUGCCUAAGAGAAAGGGUACCACAGGCGAUGAUGAUGUGAAAGAAGAGCCUAAGAGAAGGUCAGAACGACUGUCCACUAAACCCCAAAGCCUUAAACAAAACAGAAAAAAGCUGAUCCAAAGAAAGAGAAAACAAAAGAGAAGAAAUGUACAAGCAAAAGGUAAAAAGGAAAAAGCAGCUGAAGACAGUACAUCUGCAGAAACCAGAGAUGCAAAAAAUGAGGGUCCAUCUUCAGACUCUGCUGGGGAGAAAGAAGAAAAGUCAGAAUAA